CAAUUGUGACAAAAGUGUAGUGGGUGCAAAAAGACUCACACCCACUAACUUAAUUUACUUGUUGGAUCCACCUCUACUUUUCUCCUCGAUCUUUCUGUUGGCCUUUAUUCUCUUUCAUGUAUAUCCUAACACCUUCUGUUGAUGCCGAUCCAACUGCAACACCACCAUGUUAUAGAAUCAAUUGAGUUGGAUUUCUUUAGCUAGCUAUUUCAAUUUAUAAACAUAGAAAAAUUGCAACUUUGAGUCAUUGAUUGAGUUGUUAUUAGCGGACUAAUUUUGCCAUGGCAGGUCCUAGAACACCCCCAUAUUAUAGCCCAACUUACAAGCCCAAUGCAGCCAACUUCCCUUCUUCUCCUUAUUCAAUAAGAAUUAAUGUUUAUACAUUGGCCAUAGCCAUUACGUUCCUCUGCUCUAUUACUUAUCUCUUUGGCAGAGGCUCCAUUUCCACCUCUCCUGUUUCUAAUGUUGCAGCUACCAUCCCCUGCAUUCCCUUGAAAAUAACAUCCACUGCUGCCGCUUCCAAUAAUUCCAAAAUAUCAUCGUCUUCUUCUUCUACAUCGUCACAACUAGACUUCAGCACCAACCAAGGUGACGACGAAGGUGAAGGCGUUGCGCCUGAUGAUAGUGUCAAAGUUUACCCGGCAUGUGACAUCAAGUAUAGCGAGUAUACUCCGUGUGAAGACCCUCAAAGGUCGUUGAAGUUCAAGAGAGACAGAUUGAUUUAUAGGGAGAGGCAUUGCCCUGACAAGAGUCAAUUGUUGAAAUGCCGUAUCCCCGCGCCUUAUGGUUACAAGAAGCCGUUCAAGUGGCCUAAGAGCAGGGAUUUGGCGUGGUACGCCAAUGUGCCACACAAGGAAUUGACGGUGGAGAAAGCCGUUCAGAAUUGGAUCCGAAAAGAAGGAGACAAGUUCAGAUUUCCCGGUGGAGGGACCAUGUUCCCUAAUGGUGCUGAUGCCUAUGUUGACGACAUUGACAAGUUGUUCAAUCUUAAAGAUGGUUCCAUUAGGACCGCUAUUGAUACCGGUUGUGGGGUCGCGAGUUGGGGAGCUUAUCUUUUGUCGCGAGAUAUCCUAGCGAUGUCAUUUGCACCCAGGGAUACACAUGAAGCGCAGGUUCAAUUUGCUCUUGAGCGAGGCGUUCCUGCUUUAAUUGGAGUGCUCGCGUCCAAGAGACUUCCCUAUCCAUGUAGAGCCUUUGACAUGGCCCAUUGCUCUCGUUGCCUUAUUCCUUGGGACCAGUAUGAUGGUGAAUACUUAAUGGAAGUUGAUAGAGUGCUGAGACCUGGUGGAUAUUGGAUACUCUCUGGCCCGCCAAUUCGCUGGAGAAAAUACUGGAAAGGCUGGGAAAGAACCAGGGAUGACCUAAAUUGGGAACAGACCAGAAUUGAGGAGGUAGCUAAGAAACUUUGUUGGAAAAAGUUUGUCGAAAAGGAUGACAUUGCAAUAUGGCAGAAGCCAUACAAUCAUUUCCAGUGCAAAGAACAAAAGAAGAAGUUAAUGUGUCCUGCCCAAGAUCCUGAUAAAGCCUGGUAUACGGAGCUUUCGACAUGCGUAACUCCGUUGCCUGAAGUUUCAAGUGAAGAAGAGGUGGCAGGUGGACAAUUGGAAAAAUGGCCUAAAAGAUUACACGCAAUACCACCAAGGAUUAGUAGAGGAACUGUUAAUGGGGUUACAGCUGAAUCUUUUGAGAAGGAUUCACAGCUAUGGCAAAAAAGAGUUUCUUAUUAUAAGAGUGUAGAUAACAAGCUCAACCAGCCAGGGAGAUACAGAAAUCUUUUAGAUAUGAAUGCUUACUUAGGUGGUUUUGCUGCUAGUUGGGUCGAUGACCCUGUUUGGGUAAUGAAUGUUGUUCCUGUUGAGGCUGAGGUCAACACACUUGGUGUCAUUUAUGAACGAGGAUUGGUUGGAACAUAUCAAAGCUGGUGUGAGGCCAUGUCAACUUACCCAAGAACAUACGAUCUUAUUCAUGCUGAUUCAAUAUUUACUAUGUACAAAGACAGAUGUGAAAUGGAGGACAUAUUACUAGAAAUGGAUAGGAUAUUAAGGCCAGAAGGAAGUGUAAUAAUUCGAGAAGACGUAGAUAUAUUGGUGGAAGUAAAGAAGAUAGCAGAUGGGCUGAAAUGGGAUACUCUAAUUGUGGAUCAUGAAGAUGGGCCAAUGGAGAGAGGGAAGCUUCUCUUUGCAGUCAAAUCUUAUUGGACUGCUCCAGCUACUCAAGAUUCUAAUAACACCUCCACCAACCCAAGGAUGUUCUAAUUUCUUAAUCCCAAUUUUGUGUUUAAAUUACCCUAAUCUCUUGUUCAUCUGCUUUUUUUUUUUUUUUUUUUUUUUUUUGAGUAAAGUGCAACAUUUUACUCUUUUGAUUAAAUUUUGUAUAGGCUAGUCUGUCUAAGCUUUUAAAAGUUUGUAAAACAAUUCUAUUUGUCCCUUGAUAUGACUAAUAGAUUUGUUUAGCUUGAAAAGUACC